ACUACUAUAAAUAACGUCUCAUGACGGUUUAGUUUUAAAUAUAUUUACAAAGUUUAUAUCAUUCAAUCAAAAUCACAUCUAUAUUUUUAUCUUAUUAUUGUGGGUACACAUUUAAUCUACAUUAUAUAGAGAUUGCAUGCAGAGUACAUACAUGUACAUGAAUGUAUAUUACCCGGUGUCAUAUGAUUAUGACGUGCAAGUAAUCAGCUGAAGGUUAAAUAUGUAAUCAAUGAAAAUUUCUACACGUCUAUUAAUUGUUUAUUAUUGAAUUGAAAAUAGAAAGUAAUCAUAUUGUUUCAAAAGAUACUUUGCCAGUUUAAAAUUACAUGUGGAUUUAAAACAACAUACCUGCAUUAUACAGUGUUUUGUGUUGUUUCGGCAGUGUUGCAUAUUGUUUCUGAUUGGAAUAGAUUGAGUAUAAUUUGUUAAGACGAGCAGUUUCAGAACAUCAAGUCAAAUAUUUGUUAAAUACAGAAAAAGAAAUAAUCACAAAUAAAUUCUUGAUGAAUUGAAUACAGUUUAUUUACAUGAAAACUAAUAUGUUCUGUAAAUUCGUAUUGCAACUGUCAACUAAUUCAUAAAACAAUAAUGGCAUUACCGGAAUUUGUAAUAACAUUAAUUGGAAAUGACACAGUCGGAAAAACCUCUAUAGUGAACAGAUUACGAUAUGGAACUUAUCAACCUCACUAUAUCUAUACACAGGGGGCUGAUGAAGUUAGAAUACCAAAGUUCAAGGUUGGAAACGAUACAGUUAGUUUAUUAAUUUUUGACACAGGCGGGCAUCAUAUACAGAGGGGUAUUAUUCAUAAGUUUAUAGACGCUGCAGAUGCUGUCAUAAUUGUCUAUGAUAUUUCAAAGGAAAAGUCUUUCCGAAAGAUUCCAGAGUGGAUCCAAAUGACAAAGAAAAGGAAACUUCAGGAUGUCAAUGAAAAUUCGGCGAUUGGUUCCUCACCAGACGAUGAUGACCCUCUCCUAAUGAUAAUAGGAAAUAAAACAGACCUUUCAGCAACUGAUGUACGAUGGAGCAGUGAGACGACUGACAACGACGAACCCAAGGAAAUUAGGCGUUCUGUAAAAGAAAAUCAACUUAGAAAGACAGCAGCUGCCAACAACAUAAGUAUGUACAAAGAAGUCAGUGCUAAGGCUGAUAUAAACAUAGAUCUGACAUUUAAAUCAGUGGUGGAAAAACUUAUAGAACUGAGAGGAACGUCUAAAGCAUUGAAUGGAAACAUGAAAGAAUCAAAGCCAUGGCAUAAAUUCUGUGAUAUUUUGUGAUGAAUAUUGACAUUUCUAGAAAAAAAAAACAAUUAUGAUAUUUUGUGCCAAAUUUUUUACUUUCUAGAAAUAAUUAUGUGAUAUUUGAAAAUCCUAUUAUACGACAUUUCUUGAAAAAUUCUCGUCUAUCAGUCAUGUCCGUCACCGUUGUAGACCGUGGUCUUUAAAAGUACUCACAAUAUGAAGUUCGUGAAAGCAUUGGCGAACAAAAGAUGUGGACGACGGACCAUAUACAAGGGUUUGAAUGCGACCCUUAAGUUUUUAUUCUCUAAUUUUCGACCACUCUUUCUUCAUACUUUAUAUAUUUUGACAAUUGUUUUCUUUUCUUUAUAAGUCAGCACCCCAUUAGUCUCUAUUUUUUAUGUUACUUUUCCCUAUUUUUUAUAAUUUUAUUACGCUAAUAUUAUAGGGUUAAUUAUUGCAUGAACAUUGGGGAAUAUUGCCCCGAGUAGAAUUUUAUAUUUCACGAGCUUGUGAGUGCAAUAUAUGUUCUAAAAGGGACAUUAUUCCCCAAUAUUCAUGCAAUAACCCUUUAAUUGUAUAGCAAUGUAAUAUUUGAAAGUAAAAAUUGGUUUAAACUAAGAUUUUGUCGUUGAUGACGUCAUGAAUUUUGAAAAUGUAUUGCACUAGUGCAAUAUUAGAAUUUAUUGCACGCUAACUUUUGGUUACUUUCUGUGAGAAAUAUUAUAUUGCUAUGCAAUAAUUAUAGUUUUGCUCUUUUCAAAACUUGUCUCACCCUGUAAAUCCUGAUAUGAUAUUGCCUAAAUGCACUAUUCAUCCGAAGCAUCAAACUAUUAAUUGAAAUAUUAAACUUUUCCAUUUACCAAUGCAUAAAUUAACCAUGAGAUUAAAUAAAUUGAGUUAAA